AUGGAGACGUAAGCAAAACAUGGCUUUAAGUUGGUAUAACUAGAAGCUAUAAAGAAAAUAUUGACAACGUUUUCAAUCUCCUUCAACAAAAUUUCAAGAUUUGCAGUAAGUUUUGUCAGCUUAUCAAUGAAGGUGCAUCAUUAUGGAAAAGGGUAACCCCUACUCAAUACCUAUCUUGGGGUCCAUUGAGCCCUUUGUUGUUACAUCAAAAGUGCCUCUAAGAGAAGUUACUUGAUGUAACUUAUUUAGCAAGUGCAAGAAACUAUUUCGAAAAAAUUAUUCAUCAAAUGAAAUUCGCCUCCUUUUGACUUUUACUGAACCUCGCCCUGGUGUAUAUGAAUGAUUAAAGGGCUUAAUUCACCACUGCUUUAAGCAUUUAUGGUCGAGUGAAUUCAUGGCCAAGGUUCUGCGGUGUAGAGCAAAUAAUAAAAGUAUCAGCAGCAGGUUGAAUUCAUAGUCAUCAAUAAGGCAGAACAAUUCAUUUGAUGAACAAAAGCGUUGUCCAGUAACGAGGCAGCAAUGGGUAAAGAAAUUUCAAUAGAUUUCUUGAUCAGAAUCUAGUGUAUAUGUGAUAAUCUGCAGAUCGUGUUUGUUGUUACUCUUGCUAAAUCCAGGGGAAUAUCUUGUGUUUACUGUGACUGCUUUCCAGGAAGAGGUGCUUGAACUUUCAUUUGCAAGGGAUUGCAACGAAGCUUGGAAUUUCGCUUGUACGUGAGGUUGAAACAUAAAUUCAGCAAAAACAUUGCUUAGACGUACUAAAGGAUGAAUGUUAUCUGACAAAAGGCCUUAAGCGGGUGCUUUUAUCGAUUAGAAGCAGAUUUGGUAAGAUGAAGAAAUACAUGGAUGAUCUGAUAAGAGAAUCCUUGCUGAGAGAAGUGUAUUUAAAGUCGAAAUGAAGAUUGCUUAAUUAACAGUGAAGACACUCAAAGGAACCUUAUGCUGCACAAUAAAGGCAAGUUCAAGAGGAGAUCGGUUACCUGCUCGAUAACAGUAGUCCAAGACAAUAAAAGCUGUAAAUAUUUUUCUUGGCAAGAGGAAUCUUUUAACACUGAUAUGACUUCACGAAACGCAACAAAUAAUGAAAGGCAAAAAGAAAUAUUCAUUUCAUGAAUUGACUUAGGAGCAAUUUCAGCCAACGUUAGAAAAACUUUGAGAAAAUUGUUUGACUGAAAAUUCAAGAGAGUUUGUUACUCGAAGCUUGGGUAGAGGGUUGUAAACAUGAAUACUGGGACACUUUCACAAAAGAGGAUGAUAAGAAACUUGGAAGAGAGACACGCAGCCGGCAAACUGAAAGUCAAUGCGUUGGAUAGCAAUGGGUUGUCGCUGGUGCAUCAGUUUUCUUAUGAUGGUAACAUGACAGGAUUGCAAUGGGCAAUGCAACAUGGAGGAAGUGCCACAGCACGAUCAUCGGAAGGCUGCGUGGCAGCCCACUACGCAGCAGCAGGCGGCCAUUUGCAUGUCCUUCAAUACUUACAGGAGCAAUCUACUCCGGGAAUUGACAUCAAGGACACCAAUGGGACAUUUGCGCUAUACAUAGCAGCUCAGGAAGGCCAAUUAGAUUGUUUGAUGUGGCUAACAAAAUAUUCACGCUUGUCAGCCUCGGAGCCAUCUAACGACGGAAUGACAGCCCUACACGCGUCUGCGCAGGAGGGCCAUUUGGACUGUGUACGGUAUCUUAUUCAGUUCGCAAGGUGUUCGCCCACACAAACAGACUUUAGUGGUUGCACUCCGCUACACUUUGCAUCCGCUGAAGGGCAUUGGAAAAUGGUGAGGUGGCUGUUGGAACACGGAGGGGUGCAAGGGGACGAGGUUGAUAAAACAGGGGCAGCAUCGAUACAUUUGGCUGCUGAAUACAACCAGCUAAAAGUGUUAAAAGUUUUCGUAAAGCUACGCAGUAAUUUGGUGAAGCAAAUAGACGGAACAGGGCGAACUCCGCUUGAUAUAUGCAUCGAAAGAGAACACACCGAAUGUGCAGAUUUUCUAAACACGUGGCAAAAUGCCAUUCCAGGCGAAGAAAGACGGGUAAGACACAAAACAAGCCUAAAGAAAGUACGCUUUGACGAAAGCAAUGAUGAUGCUACUAAUCAAACCUCACUUCCAGUCCAGAACAACAAUAACGAGGCUGAAUAUACGAUAGACAAUGAGCAUAUGCUUAUACAAGGAGGAACGGUGGAGGAGGAUAGGCUAAUAGAACGAAUGAGAAAGAACAGGGAAGAAUGGCAGAAGUCGAACAUAAUUGAUAUUGAAUUGGAUGAAAAAGAGGGGCCAGAUGAAACUGCUAAUAAGAGAGAAGAUCGUGGGCUCAAAGGAAGCAGAAAUGUGAGAAAACGAAGUUCGUUCAAGGACAAAAAUCACAAAUACCAAGCACGCUCGCGAACUUUAAACCGGGGCAGCAUAGGCCAUCUUCUAGAUAAAUUGCAUUUGAAAAAAGGUCUUCAGGACGCCUCUGCAUUCUCGUUGCCACACAGGUCAACAGAACGGAGUACUCGUCCGGAUUUGAUCCAAAGUGUAAUGGAAGCAGAUAAAAAUGCCGGACGGGCCUUUACCAGGCGACCGAGUUUGGAAUUCUUCCAAGACCUCAAUUCACAGUUGAACUCGGGAAGAAAAGAGCCAAGGAGCAAGUCUCAAAAUGAACCGGAUGUUCCAGUGACCAUAUUCCACAAUGGAACAUUAAGAUCCUCGCGGGAUAAUCUGAACGAUUUAAAGAAACCGGAUGAAGAUGCAGAGAACAGAAAACUCGGUUACUUUGGCGGUAUAGGAAAUAUUGCUACUGAAGCUGUGAAAGACAAACAGCGCGGAAACGUUAUCAAAACUGUUGAAAACACGUCAAAAGUGGUCGAAACAAAAACAACAGUUGUCAUUGAUGGAUCUGAAAGAUUUAAGAAAAGAAAAGAUACAACGAACAGCGAGGAAACCUCGAGGAAAUUCUAUAGAGGAGCCAGUCACGAGCCACACCCACAGAAAAAAAUCAAACUUCCAAAAGGCUUUAUAGGGAUAUUGCCUAACACGAAAAAUCGAGCUCCAAAAAAUUCGACCCAUGAUACAGAUAACGGAAAUAAAAACUCGACUAAAAGAUGGAACUUUGGAAGGAGCAGAAAAAAGGACAGCAUCGACGGGAAAAUUUCGCCGGUUAGCAAUAAUGCAUCGUCAGCUGACACAAAGGAGCAUUAUCUUAUAAGAACACUACCUCUGCCGAGUCAUGGAAGUCAUGGAGUAAUCCGCCAUGAUGCAGCGGCCUUCUUUUCAAGUAAUCUCAAUCGAGACUAUAAACAGAACUCCGGUCGCUGGUCAAGUGUACGGAACACAAUUGGCUCUUUUGUUUCGUCUCUAAGAUCUGGAAAACGAGAAAAGAUUUACAAAGUGCAAAGCAUGUCAAGCAUGGACAGUGCAAAUGACGCAAUCUUUGAAAGAAAAGGCAGUGACAAAUUCAACAUAAUAAAAUCUAUUCAAUUAAAAACCAAAAAACGAAAAUCAAUCUCAUUGGAACACCUGCCAUAUUACUCUGCCGCUGGGGAGGAGAUUCAAGUACCCAACCAGCACAAAGUGAACACGAAAAGGCUUUCCGCAUUACAGCCCGGUUACACCGAACCGGAUUUAUCAAUGCUGACGUCGAUGGCACUUGACCAGACAUUAAAAGGACGGGUAGAAUCGGUCGAGCCGGUAGAAGAAGAGCAGAUACCGCCGCCGAAACCAGAAGAGUCCCUAGACUUCGUGGUGGCAAAUAAACAAACCACUGGAUUUGAGCUAGACUCACUUCAGAUAAAUAAUACAGUCGAUGGAAUGGAAACCGGGAAGGCCUUAAUGUGGUGAUGACACCGCACAGUGUUAAGGGUAGAACCUUGCACUGGAGGUGCCACAUUGAAUCGGUCUCGAUUCCAUGGAUUUAGAAAGUUAAUUGAAAUUGGUGUGGUUCUAUAGUGUUAAUGACAGGGGAACGGUCGAGCAACCAAAGAAGUCAAGGGUCUUAGCUUGGUAUUUGUGUCUCUUGAGAAGGAACAUGAAACAUUUACUUCAAAUGAGAAAUGAAAUCCCUCCUCUCUUGUACUAAUAAUAUUAAAUGUAUUUGCUUUUGAUAUAAUAUCAUCGUUUCUCCUUCAUAAUAAAUUUGAAGAGAGGGGGGGGGGGGGUUACAGCGCUCCACAUUACACCUUGUAAAAAUCACUGAUCAAAAGGUUGGGUAGAAUGAUACAUGUCCUUAUCUUCAGAUUUCAAGAUAAGGACAAAUAGCAGAAUAAAUAUAAGAGUGUCAUGACUGAAGUAAUUUAGAUCCCUUCACAUGGUUCACGUAGUUGUAAAUAGUAAAAUUAGGCUUAGUGUUGAAAUCAAAACAUCCUAGUUGUGCAUCGCGCUUAAAUAAUAAUUUCCCAAGCG